GGGGUGGGGUUUAGAGGAAGCGGAAGUGUCAGAGCAGGCGGAAGUGGUACUGCCCUGAAUACCCUGAGCAGUGAGAGAGCGGAGGACGGCUCGAUAAACUCCCAUCGUUCACAGAAUAAAAUCGGGAUUCCUAGCACGCUCUAAAUCCUCAAAAUGGAUAAGAACGACCUGGUGCAGAAAGCCAAGCUGGCAGAGCAGGCCGAGCGUUACGACGACAUGGCGGCUGCCAUGAAGGCCGUGACGGAGCAGGGCGUGGAGCUCAGCAACGAGGAGCGCAACCUGCUCUCUGUCGCCUACAAGAACGUGGUGGGGGCUCGCCGUUCAUCCUGGCGCGUCAUCUCCAGCAUCGAGCAGAAGACGGAGGGGAACGAGAAGAAACAGCAGAUGGCUCGCGAAUACCGUAUGAAGAUUGAGACUGAACUCCAAGAAAUCUGCCAAGACGUGCUGAACCUGCUCGACAAAUUCCUCAUUGUCAACGCAUCUCAGUCGGAGAGCAAGGUGUUCUACCUCAAAAUGAAAGGAGACUACUACAGAUACCUGUCAGAGGUGGCUGCUGGGGACACAAAGAAGGACACGGUGGAGAACUCUCAGCAGGCCUACCAGCAGGCCUUCGACAUUAGCAAGAAGGACAUGCAGCCAACACACCCCAUCCGGCUGGGCCUGGCCCUCAACUUCUCCGUCUUCUACUACGAAAUCCUCACCUCGCCAGAGCAGGCCUGCGCUCUGGCCAAGCAGGCGUUCGACGAAGCGAUCGCCGAGCUCGACACCUUGAACGAGGACUCGUACAAAGACAGCACGCUGAUCAUGCAGCUACUAAGGGACAACCUCACUCUGUGGACAUCAGAAAACCAGGGAGACGAGGCCGAAACCGGCGACGGAGAGAACUAGAGCGCACUUCACUGUUAACCCAUCCCCACUCUCUUCCUCCUCCUUUUAUCUCUCUUCCUCUUUCUUCUCUUCUUCCUCUCUUCGUACACAUAAACAGCCCGUUCAUUCCCUCGUCCCACUUUUUCAAGCCCAGCCUCCCGACUUCCCUUCUGUAUAACCAACAGCAUGAAUAGUACCUGACCUUCACAGACAGAUGAUGUUAAAAAUAAAGGAAUAAAUAAAAAAGGAGGUGGGGAAAAAGAGAAACUACUCCAUCACCCCUCCAUCCCUCCUCCUCCUCCUCCUCCUCCUCCUCCUCUUGUUCAUGGCACUCCAAGGCAGGCCUCUGGUCAGUCUAGUCUUAUAGCACGCUGGGAGGGUUUUUAUCCCCAAACUCCAAAAUUAAUUAUCUUUUAGAGGCCACAUCCCCAAGUUUUACCCUCCUCCAUUCCUUCUGUUCUUCCCUCACUCCUCUUCCCUCCUUCCUAACACCUCAGUAUGUUCUCCCCCCCCCCCCUCUAGUAAGUUAAUGCACAUAUAUAGUUGUCCCCUCCCCCCUCCCCCCUCCUCGCUCUAGUGAGUUAAUGCACUCAUAUAGUUGUCCAUCCCUUCUCUUUUUGGCUUUUCUUAGUGUACUGGCAAAUGGCUGGUUUUAUUCCAAUUUAAACAAAACAAAAAAAAUGGUUAUUAAACUGUCCGUUUAUUUUCAACAAACACUGUGAUGCUUAGUUUUUCCUCCACCUCGCCACCUGAUCAUCAUCAUCUUGUGGCGACAAAAAACAGAAACAAUAUUCAGCUGGGAGGGGGCGUGUUUGUGUUUGAGCAGCAGUGAUAUUCUGCUGAGGUUUAUACAGAAGGGUCCUCCUACAAGGCUGUAUUGUGACACUGACAAGUCUAAAAACAAAAGUGUUUUAUCUGCUGUGUAAUCAAACACUCACCGGUUAUUAUUUUUAGUUUUUUUUCUCCCCCCUUUAACCGAGAUUUAUUAAGUUUUAUUCAAACCCAUUCUGCAUAUUUUCAGUUCGGAGCUAAAAACUGAUUUGAAAACUUACUAAAAACCCCCAAAAAACAAAAAAAAAAGCAUACAUUCCAUCUUAAUGUUUGAGAAGAUUUUCAUAAUCGGGACCUGCCUGCUCCCUUUGAUCCACCUCCAGUCAAGGUGCUGUUGAACAUCAGUACUGCUGUCCCUCAACUUUAAUUCCUUAACAUGUUCAUUUUUUCCCCCCUCUUGCGAUUGCUCUUUUUUCUUUUUGUGUGUGUGUCUAUAACAAAAAAAAAAAAUCAGUCUUUUCCUUCCGGUUUUUGAAAACUGUAAAAUUGUAAAACAUUUUUAGAGCUUAACUGUAAAUCUGUCUUUUGAAAAACAAAAAACGGUUUUGUCGAUGUUGUUCGUUAACACCUGCUUGCAAUGAAAACCUUGAAGCCGUUACAGUCAGCUGCUGUUUUAUGCUUUUGGCAUUUUUUUGGUACUUUUUUCUCCCCCCGCCCUCCUUUAUGAGCCCCUUUAAGUGCUUGUACUGACAGAAAGUCUACAGAAAGUCUUUAAGUUUCCAUACGCUGCUGAAUCGUGUGUGUCACUGCCCGAUCUGUACCGGAAACCCAAUUUGGUUCAGAUGUCUGCAUGCUAAUAAGCUCCAGAUUAUUAUUCUAUUCUAUUUCUUCCUCUUUUUGAUGCAGGCAGCGUUUCAUCAAAACGUCGCCUGCCUCAAAAAGAGGAAGAAACUAUCUGCUCCUUCUCUUUCUGCUGACAAAAUUUGCCUGUUUUCAAAAAAAGGGGGCUCAAACUUUGUCAUUUUCCAGCUAAAAAAGUAACUAAAAUAUGUUUCUAAAAACAUAUGAGGUGAGAAAUAAGCAAUGCAGUAACAGAAUCUUCUAUUUGACCUUAGCAGUACACAAGCAAUGAUAUGAUUGACAGCUGUGUCUCACACUGCUCAGCUCUGAUUGGUUGUAUUUCAUACAGGUGCAAUGGAUUCUUGCAUAUGCAAUAAAGAGCAGAGAAAAAUUAUGUUUUUUCACAGGUUAUCUGUCUCACGUACACCUUCCCACAUGCCGCAGAAAAGAAAAUAAAUAAAUCAUGUUUCCGGUACAGAUCGGGGCAGUGGCGGUGUGAUCUGCCAACAAGAAGACAUGCCAACAUUUAUCAGCAUGUAAAUCUACUGCAAGCAUAAAGUGGGGAAUUGUAAACUCUCUGGAAGGACGCUUAACUUCCUGCUUCCUCAUUUUCCAAAAUAAGAGCAUCUCGUUCCAUCUUAGAUAAUCAAGAUUGAAGCUGCAACAAAAAGUUGAGUCAAAGUUAGUUCUUAAACCUUAAAAAGAAAGUAAAACUUAAGGUUCUUGACUUUUUAUCUGUCAAGAAGUUACAUCUUACAGUAAACACUGCGACACAGGUGUAGCCGACUUUAUUCUAACAACUUUAUUCAGUCGGUGCUUUAGGCUAAAGCCAGCUAAUCUUCUUUUAAAGUUCAAAUGAGGAAGCAGCGAUUUUAAGCGUCCCAUUGAGUCCACAACAGGUCGAGCCAAAUCUCCCGGCAGCCGAUCAGCCAAUCAUCUGUUUGUGGAAGUGAGAACCUGUAGUUUGGAUCACGGUUAAUGUAUUCAGGCUAGAGUUCAUAAACAUGUUGGAUUAUCUUUUUUUUUUUGACUGCAUUUAGAAGAAAAAAAACACCCGAUCAGCGGUUAACGGUACAUUUUUCUGGCUCAUUUUACAAUAUUUCUACACGUUGGAAGUGUCUGAAAUCGCUCCGCGUGGUUUCUCUUUUUCCAGCGACCCUCUGCCUUUAGAGAGAAACUCUAUGUUUGAAGCAAAUUGACCCACUUUGAGAAAUCUCUAUCAAAAGCCCCUCGCUCUUCAAAAAGAUUUUCUAUUUCUUAUCCACUCAGUGUCACAAUAACCUUGUCACUAACCAUCUCGACAUUCCACUCUUUAGGUGUAGAAAAGUCAUGUGUCUCAAUGUUUUUUUUUCUUUUGCUGGGGACAAAUGUUUUCAUGCACUGAAGUUUAAAAGGUAAAAAAAAAAAAAUUAUUCCUCCCUGCCGCUCUUUUUCUCGUUAGCUGAACAAAAAGGCAGUUAUUCUACGCUUUAUAAGGAAAAAAAUUAUCCCAUGCAGUAGUGAAUGUGGCACCGAGCCUGUCUGUAUAUCUGGUAUCUCAAAUCAUUUUGUUUUUACUGACCAGUAUUAUGCUUAAAAUAAAAAGGAAAAAAAAAACAUCCUAAAAAAACGACAAAAAAAAAAAAGUUUGCUUCUGUGACGGUUUUAUUGCUUAGCGCGCACGUGGUUGUGAAAAUUUAGACUUUAGCUUAAGGACAACAAUAAAAAUGAGAAAACUACAAAAAAAAACAAACAACCCUUCAACACCUUUCCCCCACCCUGGUUAUUGAAGUAAUACUAGAUUUGUGUAUGUCUUUUAAAAAAAAAAAAUCCAACUCUA